AUGAGGUCUUCUGAACCGAGGUGGCAAAUGAUGUCCCUGGCUGUGACAGUGGCGCUCAUGGCAGUGUGCACGGCGUCAGAGUAUGAGUACCUGAGCUGGAAGUCGGACCUGUAUAACGGGGGGCGCAGCUACGGCAAGCCUCCCCAGUGCGUGGACAUCCCGGACGACCUGCGGCUCUGUCACAACGUGGGCUACAACCAGAUGCUGCUGCCCAACCUGCUGGAGCAUGAGACCAUGGCCGAAGUGAAGCAGCAGGCCGGCAGCUGGGUGCCCCUGGUGCACAAGAACUGCCACCCGGGCACCCAGGUCUUCCUGUGCUCGCUGUUUGCGCCCGUGUGCCUGGAGCGGCCCAUUUACCCCUGCCGCUGGCUGUGCGAGGCGGUGCGGGACGGCUGCACCCCCAUCAUGGAGGCCUUCGGCUUUCCCUGGCCGGAGAUGCUCACCUGUGACAAGUUUCCCCAGGACGACGUGUGCAUCGCCAUGACGGCACCAAAUGCCACCGAGGCCACCAAGCCCACAGGUUACUCUCCCAUCUGCCCUCCAUGUGACAAUGAAAUGAAAACAGACGCCAUGCUGGAGCAUCUGUGUGCCAGUGAAUUUGCAUUCAAGGCUAAAAUCAAGGAGGUAAAGCGAGAAAACAUGGACCGCAAGGUGAUCCUGCAGAAGAGGAAGAAGCUGCUGAAACCGGGGAACCUGAAGAAGAAGGACAUGAAGAAGCUGGUGUUGUACUUGAAGAACGGCGCGGACUGCCCCUGCCAGCAGCUGGACAACCUGGGCAACCAGUAUCUAAUCAUGGGCCGCAAGGUGGAUAAGCAGUACCUCCUCACAGGCAUCCACAAGUGGGACAAGUCCAGCAAAGAGUUCAAAAAGGCCAUCAAGAAACUCAAGACCUACAAAUGUCCUGCCUUCGAGAAUGUCUUCAAAUAAUACGACUCCCCCUCCUUUGUUUGCAUCUCAUGCUACAUAUGAACUUGCACAACCAUACAAACCCAAAACUUUGCUUUCUAUUGUUCUGUUUAUAUAUCUAUAUAUCUUUGUAUAUUUACAGAUAUACUGAAAUCUCCGUUUCUAGUUGAACAUGGUGAUCAAUGGCACCGCAGUUUAUAGGGUUGGGUUUUCCUUUUUUUUUUUUUUUUUUUUUUUCAAAGAGAAAGACAUUGUAGUUAAAGCCCUACCUUGGAAAUCAUUUCCACUAAUGUAUGUAGAUACUCGUGUUCCACACAUCCAGUCUGUGCUGCAGCGACAUCCGAGACAGAGCAGUGGAAGUUUCUCUCACUCUGAUCAUAUAAUAAUAAUACUAGAUCAUAGAAUCAAUGAUUAGACGACAGAAUUGACAGUUGCUGGUAUUUUUAGCUUUAAAAGCCACGCUGUAGGGAGCAGCUUCAGAUAUGGUAGUCGUUGAAUAACUUAUUGACAGUAGUGUGAUAGAGUGCUGCCAGGACCUGAUUGUUUUGACAAAUUCAUGACUGCACUACCGCGACUUUCGAUUCAUUUCACUUCCGGCUGCCUCAUUCCAGUUUCUAUUUUUGCAUAUUUUUGUACUUGAAAAAUUGUAACGUCACUACCACCAACACACAUCCACUGUUUCUCCGAGUCCAUAAACCCAUUGUAUGAUACACGUCAGUUAUGAGACACGGUGUAAGCCUGCUCUUUACAAUAUGUAACAUUAUGAUAUGCAUUAGCAAUAUGACGACUGAACAGCAACAAUCCAAAACAAAACAAUGAUUAGUUGCACCAGAGCUAAUAUCCAAUUCUGGUGCAUCAUAAUCUGAUUUCUUGCCAUGUAUAUUGACUAUUGACAUUUGGCUAUUUUUUUUUUUUUUUUUUUUUUUUUUUGUGUGUGUGUCUUUCUAAAUGCAGUCCACAUGCAGUAAUCAUUAUCUCUUGGCAUUCUUUUCUUUUUCUUUUUUUUUUUUUUUUUUUUUACACCGGCUUGUCGUCUCACAUUAUUAAAAGAGUAAAAAAAAAAAAAAAUGUCAGAGUGCAAAGAAUGCCAAAUCAGUGUUUUGGAUUGUUUUGCUCAGUUUUGCUGGUCCAUUUUAGCACUAUUUUGUGUCAUGAUUUGAAUGUCAGCAGUGUAUUGCUGCCUAUUACAUGUACAUACAAAUUUUACAUAAAUAUGGGAAAAAAGGAAA